UGGUCCUGCAACCUUUCUUCUCAUUCUCUUCACCAUCAUCUCAUACAUGACAACAUGCUCAGGGGCAAGUCUGGAUCCAAAUGCAGAGACCGAAAUGGAGUUCAUUAAGACUUCAUGUGAUCAAGUGACUUUAUAUCCAGAUUUGUGCUUUCAAUCACUUUCUCCUUAUGCUUCCACUGUUCAUAUGAGCCUCAGACGAUUGUCUCAAGUGGCCCUCGCUGUCAGUCUAACAAACGCAAGAUCUACUUCAGAUAUGGUGGUAAGCUUGUCUAAAGAGACUUCUAUGAGUCCUAGUGAAGCAGCAGCUGUUGCAGAUUGUGUCAAGACCAUUGGUGAUUCUAUCGAUGAGCUCCAACAAUCUUUUGGGCAGAUGAAACACCUUGGAGGCCCUGAUUUUGAUCUAAAAUUGAGUAAUAUACAGACAUGGGUUAGUGCUGCUUUAACAAAUGACAAUACAUGUAUGGAUGGAUUUGAAGGAGACGACAUAAAUGGAAAUAUCGAGAACACAAUCAGUGGUGGAAUUCUGAGUGUUGCUCAGCUCACUAGCAAUGCCUUGGCCUUAAUUAAUAGGCUAUCCUCCUCCAGUGGUCAAGCCAAUAUUGUACCUUAGAAUAUCUAC